CCGCUCCUCCCUCCCUCCGCGCCCUGCGGCUCUUCCUCGCGUCACUGCUGCAGUGAAACCCACGGAAGCGGACGGAAAAUAGGUUACGCUGCUGCUGUGUUAAAACCAGCCUUUUCUUCACAAAACAACAAGACCAAGAGCAGAAUUUUCCUCUUAUUUUUGUGCUGUCAUUUACUGCUGUUCAUUUCCGAGGGGGAAUUCCGUCGUGCAGGCAGCAAAAUGGGAAAUGAGGCAAGUUAUCCCCUGGAAAUGUGCUCGCAUUUCGAUGCUGAUGAGAUUAAAAGGCUGGGAAAGAGGUUUAAGAAACUCGACCUAGAUAACUCUGGAUCCCUCAGCGUGGAGGAGUUCAUGUCCUUGCCCGAGUUACAGCAGAAUCCACUGGUGCAGAGAGUCAUCGAGAUAUUCGACACGGACGGCAACGGAGAGGUGGACUUCAAAGAGUUCAUAGAGGGCGUCUCUCAGUUCAGUGUGAAGGGUGAUAAGGAGCAGAAACUGCGCUUCGCUUUUAGGAUCUAUGACAUGGACAAGGACGGCUACAUUUCCAACGGAGAGCUGUUCCAGGUGCUGAAGAUGAUGGUGGGCAACAAUCUGAAGGACACUCAGCUGCAGCAGAUAGUAGACAAGACCAUCGUCAACGCAGACAAGGACGGCGAUGGGAGAAUAUCCUUCGAGGAGUUCUGUGCUGUUGUCGGCGGUCUGGAUAUACACAAGAAGAUGGUGGUGGAUGUGUGAGCGAGUCCAUCUCCAGCAGAUCCGCUUUCCUCUCUGACGACCUGCUCAAGAUAUCCAGCAAAUGCUCUGUGUGUUUCAAUGGAAGUAUUUAAGCCACUUUUGUCAAAUAGAAGCCUGCGUGUAAGUGUUACUGAACUCCAGUCUGCUCGAUAACCUGGUGUAGCACUUUAUGGGCUUAUGGAUACUGAAAGAGCAUCUCGGUUCAAGAGGAAAGAGCAUCGGCUUGUCCAUAUUUAUUUCGGUUUUUAAUGCUUCUUUUUUAAUAUUUAUUUUCUGUCUUUUUUUCCAAAUAUUAAGUAUGAUAUAAUAAGUAUACGUAGGGUAUGAUGUGCCAAGCAGAACAAUGUUGUUGGCAGUGUUGGCUUUCUUCUGUUACACUUUGUGAUAUACAUUAUUUCUAGCAUUUAAUCAUGUUCAAUAACUGUUUUUGUAUCAAUCGUGAUAUAAUGUUUAUAUUGUUGGAACGGUGUUUGGUGUUGAGACAGUCCAGUAGUUACCAAGAUAAAAAUGAUUUGGUUUACUUCUCUAACACAAAUCUCUCUUUCUGAAUGACAAUCGCAGAUGAAUCCGCACACGGCGAUCACAAAAUCUAUUUGGACACUAAAGUCACACUUACAAUGUCUGAAUGUCUCAUCUGUGAGAAGAUGCUGCAGGAUCUCAGAACGUCACUCUUUUAUAAACUAAUGUUGCUCAGUGACUUUUAAACGAACAUAUAACAACUCGAGUCUUCACUUUUGAAGCCUGUAUUUGUUCAGUGGUUUUGCUUGUGCAUCUAUCUUUCAGUGGAAAGACCCUUGCUUUGAUAGUUCAUCUAGCGUGGCUGAAGUGUCCGAAGCGCUUUGUGAGCGCCGUGUGUCUGAUCAUCUCGAAUACAUGGAUUAUUUUCACGUCUAUCUUUUGUAAUGGCAGCAGGAGAUCCGUGUGCUUUGAUAAAUGUAUAAAUAAAUACACAUGAGCGUUAAAGCAUCUAAACGCUUGUAAAGAUGGGUAUAAUCAAGUAUAAUCGUUUCAACAAGACUAGUGCUUCAAAUCAAAAACUCUGAAUGUUUACAUGCAUGACAGGAGCAGCGUCACUGGAUUCAUCUCUGAGCUCAGCAUGAGACGGCAGUAAUAUUGACACAUAUGAUGCUUCUGCUGUGCUCGCUUUAACUAGUUCCUUCCUGCAUGUUUAGUUUCAUCUAUUCCACUGGUUUACACUUAAGCUGUGAGAUUUAUAACCGUUAUCAAAAGAAGCAUGAAAUGCAUUACGCAAGUUGCCAAAUUAGAAUCAGACCGAUGUAUAUUCUUUUCAGAUUCACGCCAACAUUCAGUCAAAGCAGAUUCAGCUCACAUCAUUUGCCCUUUUGUUUUGUAAAUACAGAUCUAGCAAGUUAUUCAUGCUUUAAGAAAAUGUUUUUUUUCCUGCAGCUUUUGGUGAACAAAAUAGUGUCUCACGCAUAUGAAGGCACAUGAAGCUCGUCAGUUAUGGGAUGUCUAUUCUGCAUGCUGCAUCAAAUCAACUAUUAUGGGAUAUAUGGACUACUUGAUUCUGUAAGAAACAAUAAACAUGUAAAACUUGA